CUGGGUUGGUUGAACUGUCACCGAUAUGGGAAAUCAAUCGUGGGCUUGGGAUGGAGGUGGAAAUGGCAUAUUUUGUUGGGCAUGUUUGCAUUGGGCACGAUUUGGAACAUCCACAACAGACAGAGGGCUCAAUUGGGACAAGACAAUAUUUUGGGAUUGAACGUGAGGGAACACCGUUUAGCCGAGCGAGUUCGAGACAUUGAGGAGCAAAAUCAGAUUUUGAGGCAUCAAUUGUCACUCUCUCAGCAUCAAUUGAUGUCCUAUUUGACGGUAAAGAACUCCAUUGAAGAUGCAGACACUAAUGAUGACAUUGAUGAGGAGCAGGAAGUGGAGGCUUUAGAUCCCGAAUACGAUCCACCAACCUCCAGAACCAUCGGUAACAAGCGGCCUUGUUCGGACCAAGGCCAUGGAUUGCCCAAAUGUGAGACUUUGCACAUUGCCAUUGUCUGUUCCGGUCACAAUACCACCCGAUCCGUGGUGACCUUGAUCAAGAGCAUCUUGUUUUUCCGCAAGCAUCCUAUUCAUUUCCACUUCAUAACUGAUGAGCACUCCCAAGAUAUCUUGGAGGUACUCUUCCAAUCUUGGGGUUUGCAGCAAGUCUUCAUUUCCACGUACCUGUCCAAAGAUGUUGAGGAAGACGUGUCGUGGAUCCCAAAUAAGCAUUACUCUGGGAUCUACGGCCUCCUCAAGCUGACUUUGCCCAAGAUUUUGCCCGGAUCCAUGACCAAAGUCAUUGUUCUGGAUACGGAUGUGAUCUUGAACACGGACAUCUCGGCUUUGUGGCGGUUGUUCCGCGAGUUUGCCACCGAGAACGUUCUGGGCAUGGUGGAAAACCAGAGCGAUUGGUACAUUCCGGGCAAGCUCUGGCGAACCCACCAACCUUCGGCUCUUGGGAGGGGAUUCAAUUCGGGUGUAAUUCUCAUGCACUUGGAGCGACUUCGAAAUCAUGGUUUACUUGCAAACAUGAAUUGGUCCCAGGUUUGGCGUUUGAUCGCGGAAAAAGAUCUGACCACCUACUACAUCACAACUUUGGCUGAUCAAGACAUCUUCAAUGCAGUCAUCAAAGAGCAGCCUGAUCUAGUGUUCCGAUUGCCCUCAUGGAAUCUUCAGUUCUCGGACAAUUCGCUCUCCGAGCUUUGCUACUCGACGCCCGAUCAGAUCAAAGACCUCAGUUUGAUCCACUUCAAUUCACCCAAGAAAUUGAACGUUCAGCACAAAAAUGCUGAAUACUUCAGGAAUCAAUUCUUGACGUUUCAACAAUAUGAUGGCGGUCUGCUUCGACGAGAAUUGUACGGAUGUCAGCAAAGAUCGGCUCAAGAGCCCAAAGCCGAGAAAGAGAUACGUCAGUCAUUACUUUUGGACACACUGGGCAAUGAUCCGGUUUGUUACGAGAUGACCAAAGCCAGCACCAUUAACUACAGAACUCAUAUAUACUACCUAGACUACGUACCCCCCCUCCUCAAGGACAAUGAUGUGACGUUGGUGGCUCAAUUGUCCAUGGAUCGGCUCCAUAUAGUUCAAAGUCUUUGCCAACAUUGGUCGGGGCCCAUCAGUCUAAGCUUGUACCUGUCAGACGCCGAAUCUCACCAAUUGGCCGAUUUUGUGCAUAAUUCAGAGAUCCUCCGAGCUCGGACCAAUGUUGGAUAUCACGUGGUCUUCAAAGAAGGGAACUUGUAUCCAGUCAAUUUUUUGCGGAACGUGGCUUUGGACCAUGCCAAUACUCCGUUUGUGUUUCUCAGUGAUAUCGAUUUCCUUCCGGGUGCGAAUGUUUAUGAUACCCUCCUAGUCAGUACUCAAAAGUACUUUAUACAAGCCCAGAGUGAUCUCAAGCCCCGAGCUCUGGUGGUUCCGGCCUUUGAAACCUUGCGUUACCGAUUGGACCAAUUUCCCAGGACCAAGGCAGAGGUCUUGGAUCUUUUGGAUUUGGGCACUCUCUUGACCUUCAGGUACCACGUGUGGACCCUGGGCCACAAGGCCACCAACUUUGGCAAAUGGAGAACGGCCACCAAGCCGUUUCAGGUCGAGUGGGAGCCGCAUUUCGAACCUUACAUUGUUGUGCCAAAAAAUGUGACUCGUUACGACCAACGCUUCGUUGGUUUUGGUUGGAACAAGGUGUCCCAUAUCGUGGAACUACAUGCUCAAAACUUCCAGUUCAUUGUUCUACCCAAUGUCUUCAUUAUUCAUAUGCCCCAUGCCCCAAGUUUGGACAUUGCCAGAUUCCGAAGCUCGGAGCAAUUCAGACAGUCUUCCUUCCUCUUCUCGUUAUCGAUUUUCUGCGCUCUGACGGAAAACCCUGGAACCCGAGGCAUAAAAAGCAGUUCAUCUCGCUCAGUGUUCCAUUCCCAUAGAAAAAUUUCCUCAGGUCCCGUCGACUUCCUCUGUUGGUCUUGAUAACGGACUUUGAGCUUCAGCAAUAUUCGUUGUACUUCAUCGAUGAUCAUCAAGAACGUGUCUGUGUAUCCGUGAAGCGAUGAGUAGGGUUUAUCAAUCGUUUCUUGCUUGAGCACCGUGACCUUGUGACCGAGAAACGGAGAAACGGAGAAACUUGAUUUCCAUUGAUGGUGUUGAUGUUGGCGCAUGUGUUGACAAUAGAGUGUCUAAUACAGUGGCGAUGAUCCAUUCAGUCGUAGCUUUCAGCUCUCAUCUUCCAAUCCGUCACUCACCCCAUUAUUCGAUUCGCCAUGAUGAGUGGAACCAAGGCCUAGGGAUUGUCGUCCGUCAUGGCCGAGGGUGCCGUGGUGGAGGCCGAGAUCACCGUCCUCGAAAUCACGGCCAAAAACGACCCGAUCCGGGCGUUUAAGGCCAUCUACGGGUUCUACUUUCUAGUCGAAGCGGGCGUGUUCGCCACGUUGAUCUCAAUUUCUGGUGCCACCCUGUUCAAAUGUCCGGCGGAGCCCAAACUCCCUCAGAGUGUUCUAGCUCUGGGCGUGGCUGGUCUAGUGUUACUCAUCCUCACGUUUAUAAAACGAUUCCUUCUCCAAAGAUACGACAACGUGUUCACCACGUUUCUAGCGCAGAUCCAAUGCGCUUGUGGAAGUGUGAUCUUCGCUUCCUCAGUGGCCAUGACCUUCUUCGUGGCCACGAACAUCCGGGCAGACACGGAUCCUUUGACGGCCCUGGGCGGGCUGUAUUGUGAUAAAACCUUAUUGGGCAGCUCAGUCAUUGGGGUUAUACUCACCCUAAUCAUUGCUAUUAUUGCUGUUGUAUUAUUAGUUCUCAAAGUCCUGCAACUUAGAGAAGAAAUAAAGGAAGACAUCGACGAGGAGAAUGAAGAAGAGAACUUAUAGAGGUGUUUUCAACUACUAUGUACUAGAUACACAUUAUGCAUCCUGUAUGUAGACAGAAAAGACGAAACCAUGUACAAUACCGUUGUAUUUUGAAUAAACUUGUAUUUUAUUGCCAAUA